CAUUAUACGUCGCGUAUUGUCAUACCUUAUUAAUAUAAAAACAUAACCUAAUUUAAAAGUAACUACUACUAACAUAGAUUUUGAAAUAUCUGACUAAAUUAAUAGAAAUAUUUUUAUUAUUGUGUUUUGAAACUUUCAUAGAUUUCUAGUUGAACUUCUACACAAUAGUUUUACUUACAGAGACCAGAUAAAUCACUGUAUUUUACAUCAUGGAUCUGUUCGUCAUAAAUAGAUAUAGAGAUACUAAUGAAGACAUAGACUGGGUAGAUAGAGAAUCGAAAAAUUUGGAAAGACUAAAACAAAGGAUUGAAGAAAGAAGGAAAGCACAUGUUGACCACAAACAAUCUAAUUUUAUAACACUUAAAGAAAUAAAAACAAUUAAUGAGGAAAAGAAAACACAUGAAAAUGACUUGAAGAAUAUUGAUGAGAGUCAUGAACAAGAAGGUGUUUCAGAGAAUGCAACGAAAUCUUUAAAUAUAAAUAAAAAACAAAAACCUUUAAAUGAGUUUAAGGUACUGGGAGUGAAUGAAUUUGAGAAAAAAAUAAAAGUCCAAAGAGUGUUACCAUAUUGGUUAUCACAUCCACAUAUUGUGUCUACAAACCUGCAAAAUUUAUCUUGUCCAGUGGACAAACAAGACUGGCUGCAUAGUACUCUAAAAUCAACAUUGCUUAGUGAAGGAGUGUCACAUUUGUUCCCAGUACAAGAACAGGUCAUUCCAUUCAUUCUUAAACAACAUGAGCAACCAUCUCCUCUCUGGCCGCAUGAUGUAUGUGUUUCAGCACCAACUGGUAGUGGAAAAACAUUAUCAUUUGUCUUGCCUAUCAUACAGAUUUUAAUAAAUGACAUUGGUAAUUAUAUAAAAGCAUUAAUUGUUCUACCUGUACAAGAGUUAGCAAUACAAGUUGCAAAAGUGUUUAAAAAGUAUUGUCUGAAAACUCGUUUAAAAGUUGCUUUAUUGACUGGUUCUACUCCACUUCAACAAGAACAACAGCAAAUUGUUAGAUAUACUGAAUCAGCAGGAUGGGUUAGUGAAGUGGAUAUAAUAGUAUGCACAGCGGGAAGACUUGUAGAACAUAUUCAAAAUACACCUGGUUUUUCUCUGAAAUGCUUAAAAAUACUAGUCAUUGAUGAGGCUGACAGAAUUAUGGAUCAUAUACAAAAUGACUGGCUAUACCAUUUGGAAAGACAUAUUAAAUUGGAAAAUGAAUUAAUAAGUGGAAAAGUACCAUCACUAAAUUGGAAUAACGUUACUGGACACAAGGCCCCACCACAUAAGUUAUUAUUUUCUGCAACUCUAUCUCAGGACCCAGAAAAAUUAGAACAAUGGGGGCUUUUUCAGCCCAAGCUGUUUUCUGCUGCACCUGUUGAUUUUGAAGAUGAAAAUGAUAUUAGAAAGUACACAACUCCAGCAGAAUUAACAGAACAGUUUGUAACAUGCACAGCUGAAAAUAAACCAUUGAUUUUAUAUCACUUCUUAGUUGAACAAAAGUGGGACAAAGUGUUAUGUUUCACAAACGCUGCACAAAUAGCACACAGAUUAACUGUGUUAUUAAAUAUAUGGGGAAAUGGUAGUUUAAAAGUUGCAGAGCUAUCUGCAGCAUUAGACAGAUCAACAAGAGAAAAUGUUUUAAAAAAAUUCACUCAAUCUGAAAUUAACGUACUAAUUGGUACUGAUGCUUUAGCCCGAGGUAUUGAUAUAACGGAUUGUACGUAUGUUAUUUCAUACGACCCACCAAGAAACAUAAAAACAUAUAUACACAGAGUGGGUCGAACAGGACGUGCAGGUCGCAAGGGUCACGCCAUUACAAUCUUAUUACCAAAUCAAAUGAACAUUUUUAUGAAUGUACUGAGGUGGACAAGAUAUUGUGCUUGCACAUAAAUCAUUAUCCAAUAAAAAUGCACGUCGUAUUACUGGGGAUGUAAGCUGACGCAGCUGCGGUGAUGGCUAAAUCAAGAACUGUAGCAUUCCAUGGUACAUCUAAUAAUUUUAAAACUUGUAAGAGACACUCUAGUUUAGUACUAGUUAAGCGAAAUGAAUUGAGAAGAAUCUUUAAACGGCAACCAUCAACACCACCACCACCAGAGGCAGCUUCAUUCUCUAUGAAAGAUCGAAGAGUAUCAUCCAUAUCAAAAAGAUGUCUUGUAGCAAAAGAUGGCAAAUAAUCCUGCAGAAAUAUCUCUAAAUCUUCAGUAUAGCAACGGUGUAACAUUAUAAGGGCAACUUCGCAAGGAUUUAGUGAACUUAGUUCACUUAAUAGUAUGUUUAUUUUGUAUUUGUCUUUUAAUUCAAUUAUAUAUGUGAUAUGAUU